CUUGACAUCAUGGUGCAUUUCACUAGCGAGGAGAAGGCUAUUAUCACUGGCCUCUGGGGCAAAGUAAAUGUGGAAGAUGCUGGCGGCGAGGCUCUGGGCAGGCUCCUGGUUGUCUAUCCCUGGACCCAAAGAUUCUUUGACACCUUUGGCAACCUGUCCUCUCCCUCUGCCAUCAUGGGCAACCCCAAGGUCAAGGCCCAUGGCAAGAAGGUGCUGACCUCCUUUGGGGAAGCUGUUAAGAACAUAGAUAACCUCAAGGGCGCCUUUGCCAAGCUGAGCGAACUGCACUGUGACAAGCUGCACGUGGACCCCGAGAACUUCAGGCUCCUGGGCAAUGUGAUGGUGAUUGUUCUGGCUUCUCAUUUUGGCAAAGAUUUCACCCCUGAGGUGCAGGCUGCUUGGCAGAAGUUGGUGGCUGGGGUUGCCACGGCUCUGGCUCACAAGUAUCACUGA